AUGAGUUCAGCGUUGAUAAACGCUAUUAAAAGGCUAAACAUAUCUGUCCUUCCUCAAAUACGUUUCUGCUCAUCAACAGCUAACCAAAGUUCCGCUAUAAAUGUUAUUAAUAAUGAAUUCUCUGUGACUAAGAAAGAAUGGAAGUUUCCACCAUCGUAUACAAAACCACGUGAAGUUUGGAUCGAAAAUCUGGAUACAAUUGAAGAAAAAAAAGUAGGUUUAUUUGAGCUCCAUCCCUUGGUGUACGCUGCAGCCCCCCGUAUAGAUAUAAUCCAUAAAAAUGUUACUUGGCAAAAAAAGUAUCGCUGGGUGUCAUGGGCCCACACUAAAACGCGGGCUGAAGUUAGGGGUGGAGGUAAAAAACCAUGGCCCCAAAAAGGUUUGGGUCGAGCCCGACAUGGCUCAAUAAGGUCACCAUUAUGGCGUGGAGGUGGUGUGGCGCAUGGACCACGUUCUGGAAAAACUCACUUUUAUAUGUUAGACAUAUAUUCAAGACUCCAUGGUCUGACUUCAACAUUAUCGGCAAAGUUUGCACAGGACGAUCUCCAUGUUGUGAGAGAUUUAGAACUACCUACCGAUGAAUCGGAAUACCUCAUUGAACUCAUUGAGAAAAGAAAUUGGGGUCCUUCUGUGUUGCUUGUUGAUGACACUGACUAUGCUCCACGGAAUAUAACAGUUGCAACUGACAGUUUACAAUAUGUAAACAUCAUGCCUGUAUAUGGCCUCAAUGUUUAUUCUAUGCUAAAGCAUGAUACUCUCAUUUUAACUCAGGCUGCCGCAGAAAAAAUUGAAGAGAGAAUUCUACAUCACUUAAAUUCUACUAAAGUUGUUAGCAAAUUUAAAUUAAGUCAAGUUUAA